GGCUGCUACGCUGGUGACGAUUGCAAGUUCCUCCACGGUGCUGAGGAAAAGCUUACCCCGCACGACAAAUCCAAGGUGUGCAGAUAUUAUGUUCAAGGACACUGCACCCGAGGUACUCGGUGUUGGUUUCGCCAUGAACUUGCGAAAAUCCCCCUUGAUGAGGAGCUAAAGCACUUUGAUGAAAAUAUGUGUAACAUAUGCAUGGAAAAACCUCAGACAUUCGGUCUUUUAACUGGUUGCGGCCAUGUAUUUUGUCUUCAGUGUAUUCGCCAGUGGCGAGAGCCACAAGGAAAGUCGUCGGACAUGGUGAUGUCAGGAGUAAUAAAACGUUGUCCUUACUGCCGCAGUCCAUCGCGUUUCAUUACACCAUCCACACAUUUCUUUCCUCAGGAUCACCCACGCAAGCAGGAAGUGAUAGACAGUUACAAGAAUAGCAUGGCUCGUGUUUCAUGCAAAUACUUCGCCGAAACAUCAGCCUCUGGCAAGCCCUGUUGCCCAUUCGGUCUCGAUUGUUUCUACCAGCAUCUCAAUCCUGAUGCAAAUCACUUCAUGAAAGUAUUUAGGAGACAACAACGGCAGCGUGGACACACGUUUACCGGGUCUGCUUCAGAUGCCGAUCUCGCAGAUCGCCUUAGGCUUCUGCAGAGCAUCCUCGGAGACCCAACGAAUAAUCUCCAUGUCACUCUCAGCUUCGUCCGACAACAUCUCCCAGCGUUAUUGAACGGUAUGGAUGCGGAGUCUGGUGCAGCCACAGAUGCUCUUAUGGAUGAUGACGACGACGAAGACCAUCAGCCCUUCGAAUUACUGGCGGAGAGUAUAGUUACAGAGCGGUCACUAGAAUUUACGCAUUUUGUGGCUCCUGUUACCCACGUAUCUCUCGCUGUCGAGGAAAGUCCGCAUCCACCUGUCGAGAGUCCCGUAACCGUACCCACUGCUUCAAUACCACCUAGGGCUAGGAGUGCAUCUCCAGUCAUGGGACCCUCAACAACACCUCCAGUGCCUUUGAGGCCGUCAUCCUCUGCGGAGGUUUCUGGACCACUUCCUCACAGCUUCCUUCCCUGGGCAAUGCCCCGCACACCGUCCCCUCGUCCCUCAUCAAUCUCCCCAGCCUCCAUGACAUCUACCGUUCAGCAAUCAAAUACGUCCAGGUUCAGUACCGUACUGAACUCCCGCAGCCGAGAGACUAUGAUUAUCGACAUCGAGGACGAAGACGAAGACGAUGACGAUGAAGCAGAGGAGGAUGUCUCGUUACGUCCCCUUACCUGACAACGACAGUGACAAUGAUAACGACCCUCGUUUAUCAUCUACAUCUACUGUGCAUGACCCACCAGAGAGCAACGAGUCGUUAGCAAUGUCUUUAGGAGCUGCUGAAGCACCAGCAAGCAGUACAGGGGAGCAGACGGCACCAGCCGCCCGGCCGCAAUGCGAACACGAUACGGAUCCCCCAUUUGUCACUGAUGGCAGAGGCAGAGUGGUAUGGAGCAGGACAGUACGUGGUCCACCUCACGCUCAGGUUCAAGUGGAGGCUCGUGAGCGACACCGCUCAAAUUCUGCCAUCAAAGCUCGACGUCAGACAUCUGAGACUGGAGCAGCUGCAACAGAUGGACGAGGUCGUAUUGUUCCGACAGGACAAGAGGGAUCUGAGGUCAAUAGCAGGACCAGUGGCACGGAGACGGAGACUGAGGCAGAAUAAUCACACAUAACAAUGAGAAGU